GCAGACGUCAGUUGUCCACCGCUCAGGCCGCUUGUGUUUGUUGUGAGACGGACUGAGGAAAUGGUUCACGUUGCUGUUGUGUUGUUGCUUGCUCACAUAAUAGUAGUUAAAAGUAGUCGGACGGAUCAAAGUGAUACUUUAUUCAUUGGCUCCAUAUCAGUUCGAGACAAAAGCCAUUUCCGUUCGGUUUUCGAAAGACAAAUUAGUGAAUCGCCGUCUGACGCUUCCAAAGUUUAUCAUGCCAUACUUGGUCUUCAUUCACUUAGUGAACGGGUCCCUAAUCCAGAUGCUGCUUGUCUUUCGCUGAACAAACCUAUUGCCAACCCAGAAGAAGCAUUCUAUGUGAGUGCGGGCCACAAACUCAUCGGUUCUGCAAAGUGUAAGGUAUCAAGUUCAGAGGUCGAGAAAUUGUCCGAACAGUUGUUGACCGAAGACAUAUCAAUUGAAAAUCUGUUUUACCUCGUUUCGUCUAUGAAACAUCUGAAUAUUAAAAUUGAUGCUAACCAUGUUUUGUCAAUAAUUAACAAGAUUAAAGCCAAAGAUACCAGCCCAAUGACGUUAAGUUUUGCUUUACAAAUCUUGUCACAACUUGGACUGACGAAAUCAAACAUCAGUGGCCACGUAUCUAAUAUAGAUAAUGUUCUGGAACAUGCAAGUGAAAUAAGUGAUAAUCGACUGUUUUAUGAAAAAGGCUUAUACACAACGUCAUUCGUUGCAAAAAGUAUCGUUGACUUCCUUACUGCAUACGGAGAGGUUCCAAAAAGCGUUGAGAACAAACUGGUCAAAUUAUUCAACUAUCUCUACACACGUCGUCAAACCGCCAAUGUACGUGCUUCUGCUUACUUGGUUGCUGCUUUCAAAUCACUAACUGAUAGUUCAUUACUGUUACCUGUUGUAAUUGAAUCAUCAAUUAAGAGCAAUGAAAAUUUGGGUUUUUCCAUUCCUCCAAUCCUGUCAAUCGAUCAAACCCAUCCUAUUUUAAAUCUACGGUUAAAACAUAUUUGGACUGAUACCUUUUUUAAACCAAGUGAAUUCGAAAUCAAAGCCCAUGGUGUUUAUGCAAUCAAGCGAACCACUGGUGAUCGUAUUCUAAUCAGUUCAUCUGAUUUGGGCACUUUCAAACAAGAUGAUAAAAACAAUGCUUUCCAGCUUACUUUGAAUUUGGAUGCAAAAACUACUGCAGGAUAUUAUGAAUUAGAUGUAACUGCUACACCAGGUAGUAAAAAGACAAAUGGUCAUCAAAAACUUCUUGGAAUAGCUAGUGUCCAGAUUCCCUUAUAUAUGAUUACAGAAGCAAAAGUUGCUCAAGCUACCGUAACUAUCAUGAAUACUGCACGUGAACAACAUGUUGCUGACAUCAGUUUAACACCUGAGAAAACGUAUAAAGCUUCAACCGCUUCCGGAGCUAUCACUUUAGAAAUUGGUCAACAAAUAUCAAUAGAUUUGAAUAUUGUAGACAGUAAUCGAAUCUCAUUGGCAGCACAUCAAGUGUUCAUUCAGUUAACUCAUCAGAAAACGCAACAAGCCAUCACCUACACUUGUACUGAAACAAUUACAGAUAAAAAACCUGAAAAGAAAAGUUACAAAUUACUCCUCGAUCCAGACAUGUCUGCAGCCGAAUUCGACUACCUUUCAGGGAUAUAUAAAGUCGACCUAAUUGUUGGUGAUUCAUCGAUCAAGGCUCCAAUCCUUUGGCAUAUGUUCGACUUAGACCUUCGAUUCGUUGGUGAAGCCGGUGAUGAAACUAAACGUCGUAUCGCUCAGGCUACUGAUAUUUCGCGUCAAGAAUCAUCUUCUCCAGCUGGUUCCAGACGUGCAUUUACCCCAAAUGCAAUCAUCGGAUCUGGGCCGACAACUGCCAAGCCAGAAAUUGAUCACGUGUUUCGCGCUCCGGAAAAACGUGCACCUCCUUUCUUGGCUCUUACAUUUACAAUUCUUUGUCUACUUCCAUUACUUGGAUUAAUUAUAGCCUGGUCAGUUAUUGGCUUCAAUAUCUCCAACUUUAAAUUUUCUAUCUCCAAUAUUAUUUUCCACGCCGGUCUGAUAUGUAAGUUACUUUUGGUAUUAUUUAUUACUAUCAUUAAUUUAUUCUAGACAGUUAGUGAACCUAUGGAAUCUUCUUUGUCAGUACUGUAUUAAAACGUAAUUAUUUUCUUAAGCCUGUUACCCUUCUUGAGGCAUAGGCCGCCAACUAGGGAUAUCCAAGCAAAAUUUUCCUGGGCUCUACUUUCCAAUUGUCCCCAAGUGCUAUUCCGUGAUCUUGGUGUCUUCCAGUUCCUGGCUCUAUAUGCUUUUUGAUCUGCUUCAUUCUGAUUUAACUUGAGGAUUUGGAGUUGGGACGUGCUUUAUGAUGCAUUUUAAAAGUUUCCUUAGAAUGUGUCCUAUCCACCUCCACUGUCUUCCUAAUCUCCUCUUCAUUUGAAAGUUGGCUUGUUCUCUGCCAGAAUAGGUUAUCGCUUACAGUCAAUGAAUUAGCAGUAUUUUUAUUUAUUUUCUUACUCAACAUUAGUUGAUGUAACUCCUUUAUAUGUCAACUUUUCGUAGCCCGUUGAUGUGUUAUUGAAGAAUCCACUUGAAAAGAGAAGUAAUAACAUGAAUCGACUUCAAGUUCCUUCUCUUAAUUUCCUAAUUCUUGUUAAAAGUUAUACAGGGUUAACCUAUUUGGUUGGUGUUAAUAUUCAAUGAAUCAAAGUGGACUCCCUUACCUGGCUCAGAAUUUAUCAUAGUAACUCAGAUGUAUCCACUCCUUAUCACCCUUUAAGUCUUCAAUUCCAGUAUUCCGUCAUGCGUACCUUCACAAUCUGUCUUUUCGUUCUAUUUUGCAACUGAUCUUGUUGAUUUGAUUUCGUGAUGUUCAUGUAAUAAAGGAACUUAGGUCAAUACACAUUUGUACCUGGCUUUGCGUUAAUUAUGACUAGCUGGCACUCUAUCAUCAAUUGUACAUUACAGUCUAAGUUUGUAAAUUAGCAGCAGUUACUUCUAUGUAUAGAUUUCACCUCACUGGACAAAUGUCAACCAAAUUAUAUUGAAUACGAUGCACAAAGUACAAUGUUCAAUCAAUUUUAUAUUAAUUGCUUUUACUAUAAACACAUACAUGUAACUAAUAUCAUGUAUAUUUCUUUUUAUCUCUUACAGCCAUUUGUUAUCUCUACUUCGUCUACUGGUGCCGUUUAGAUAUGUUCACAACUCUAAAAUAUUUGAGUAUAUUAGGUUUGCCAACAUUUUUAGCUGGUCAUAGAGUUCUUCGAGCACAAGUCAUUUCUAAACAACAACAAACUGUCAGUAGUACACAAUCGUUAAAUGUAAAAAAGUGAAUUGCAUACAAUUGGGAAACCUAUUUUAAUUUAAUAGUAAUUACUGUUUUUCACUUUCUGUUUUGUUUUGUUUACAAUUAGUCUUUAUUAUUUUUAUUAUUGAAUAAUAAUGUGAAGAGCUCUGUAAUCAUAUAUGUGUGUACAUUUAAAAAAAAGCUGUGUUCAUUUUGUCUAAUAUUUCCCAUCGCUUUACAAUUCCAUUAAGACGUGUUGUAUGUUUUUUUUAUUUAUUAAAAGAAAUGAAUUUGUCUGGAUGUUUAUUUAUUUAUUUCUUUAAACUAUACUCGUUCCAUUCGAUAUAUAUAUUUAUAUAUACUUUCAUGUCAUCUUUUAUUACGACCUAGGAUUCUUACACACUUCACUCCAUUCGACCGAACUUGAAAAGUGAAACGUAAAUGUAUUUCAAAGAAAACAGCAAAUUAAUUAUAAUUUUAAAAAAAUCCCGGUGUAUAUAUAUAAUAGAAACAGGAAUUUUCUAGAGUCCUCACUUGCUAGCGCUGAUUGACUGAAAAACGUACCAAUCAACUUGCCCCAACAUGAACUUGUCUAAAAUAUGUUUUAACCAAGUCUCCGCCCUUCUAAUACAGAUCUUUUAAACUGUUGUUAUUUGUUAUGUAGUGGUAGUAUGCUGCAAGUGAAAAUUCCUACCAUGGUCAUUAGCUUUUUCUUAUUCUCAUCAUAAACCUUCUCUCCUUCUCUUUCGAAUUAUUAAGUUCCAUCUUAGCCUAUAAAUUGUACGAAAUC